UAUAAGCAAACCCUGGGAGAAAAGAUCGGGGAAUCAAUUCAAUCUGUGUUUGAAGUUGAGAAAAUCGAAACAGUGCUUGUUUAGCAAUGGCGCGCGAGCAACACUCAUUGAUUGCUGAACCCUAAAUUCAUCUUCUAUGAAAUUCACAGUCAAGUAUAAACUUUGCACUUUUGGAAUAAUCAAUCGAUGGUUUUUGACAUGGAGAAGAGUAUAUACACAUUUCUCACUGUACACCGUUGGGAAUCUCUGAAUUGCAUGAACUAUAGACUAGGUUCCCUCAGGCCUGUCCAUGGAAGGUUAGCUCUGAACUUUCUCAAAUGGUUCAUGAAGCAACCCAAUUUGGAGCUCAAUCAUGUGACUCAUAUAAUUUCCACUACCACUCAUGUACUUGUUAGAGCUAGAAUGUACAACUUUGCCAAAACAACAUUGGCACAUUUGUUACAUAUGCCAAUUGGUUUGAACUCUGUUUUUGGUGCUUUGAUGGAGACAUACCCCAUUUGCAACUCCAACCCUGCUGUUUUUGAUCUCCUGAUUAGAGUUUGUUUGAGGGAAAAGAUGGUUGGCGAUGCUGUGCAGGUUUUUUACUUGAUGGGUUUUCGAGGGUUUAAGCCGUCUGUGUAUACUUGUAACAUGGUGUUGGAUUCCUUGGUGAAGGAUCGGAAGAGUGAGUUGUUUUGGUCGUUUUUCAAAGGAAUGCUUGCGAAUAGAGUUAGUCCGAAUGUUGCUACGUUCAACAUAUUGUUGAAUGCUUUAUGCGAACGUGGGCGGUUUAAGAGUGCUGGCUUUCUUCUGAGGAAAAUGGAAGAAAGUGGUCAUUUUCCGACUGCAGUUACUUAUAAUACUUUGCUUAAUUGGUAUUGCAAGAAAGGAAGGUAUAAGGCUGCAUCUGAGCUGAUUGAUUGUAUGGCUUCGAAGGGUAUUGCGGCAGAUGUUUGUACAUAUAAUGUGUUGAUAGAUAAUUUGUGCAGGGAAAGUAGGAGUGCAAAGGCUUAUUUAAUAUUGAGAAGGAUGAGAAAGAAUAUGGUGUAUCCUAAUGAGAUAACUUAUAAUACUCUUAUCAAUGGAUUUGUUAAGGAGGGGAAGAUUGGAGUUGCUGCUAAAGUUUUUGAUGAGAUGUUAUCCUUUAAUUUGUUACCGAACUGUAUCACUUACAAUACUUUGAUUGAUGGGCACUGUAGUAAGGGAAACAUAGAGGAAGCUUUCAGACUUUUGGAUGAAAUGGUAUCUCAUGGUUUGAGACCCAAUGAAGUAACAUAUGGGGCUCUUUUAAAUGGGUUGUCCAAGCAUUCUGAAUUUGGAUUGGUUUCCAGUAUUCUUGAGAGAAUGAGGAUGAAUGGGGUGAGAGUCGGUCAUAUUAGUUAUACAGCAAUGAUUGAUGGGUUGUGUAAGAAUGGCUUGCUUGAAGAAGCUGUGCACUUUCUGGAUGAUAUGUUAAAAGCUUCUAUCAAUCCUGAUGUUGUUACGUUUUCUGUGCUCAUAAAUGGUUUUCUCAGGGCUGGGAAGAUAAAUAAUGCAAAGGAGAUAAUGUGUAAAAUGUAUAAGAAUGCAGUUGUACCAAACAGCAUUUUGUACUCAACAUUAAUCUACAACUACUGCAAGAUGCGAAACCUAAAAGAGGCGUUGAAUACUUACGCAGUUAUGAACCACAGUGGUCAUGUUUCAGAUCACUUUACUUGUAAUGUCUUGGUUGCCACUUUCUGUAGAAGUGGGAGACUUAAAGAGGCUGAGUAUUUUAUGGAUCACAUGAGCAGGAUGGGUCUUGAUCCUAGUACUUCUGCAUUUGAUUGCAUUAUAAAUAGUUAUGGAAAUUCUGGUGAUGCAUCAAAAGCAUUUUCUAUGUUUGAUCAAAUGAAAAGUGUCGGUCAUUUCCCAAGUCAGUUCACAUAUGGGGGUCUAUUGAAAGGUCUUUUUUCUGGUGGGUAUAUUAAGGAAGCCAAAGCAUUUUUGGAUAGACUUAGUUGCAUUCCCUAUGCCAUUGAUAGUGUUAUCUACAACACAAUACUUACUUGGACAUGCAGAUCAGGAAACAUAUCGGCUGCGGUUGCCCUUAUUAAUGAAAUGGUCAUGAAGAAUUUUGUGCCUGACAGUUAUACGUACACCAAUCUUAUUGGAAUGCUAUGCAAGAAGGGUAGAGUGGUUGCUGCACUCCUUUUGUCAGGAAAGGCAAUGGAGAAAGGAUUAUUAUCUCCAAAUCCUGCCAUGUACACUAGUUUAGUUGAUGCUCUUCUUAAGGAAGGACAUUCAAAAGCCGCUUUGUAUAUUUUUGAAGAUAUGCUGAACAAAGAUGUUGGCCCUGAUACUAUAGCAUUUAAUGUGCUUAUGGAUCAAUACUCAAGGAAAGGGAAAAUGUCGAAGGUAAACGAUAUCCUAUUAGCAAUGAGGAGUCGAAGUCUGUGCUUCAACUUGGCUACUUACAACAUUCUCCUGCAUGGAUAUUCAAAGAGGCUGAAUGUGGAAAGAUGUUCUAUGCUGUACAAGGACAUGAUCAGACAUGGUUUUGCACCAGAUAGGUUAACAUGGCAUGCUCUUAUUCUUGGAUUUUGUAAGUCGGGAUCAUUUGAUGUUGCUGUCAAAAUUUUAAGAUGGAUAACACUUGAAGGUUCUGUAGCUGAUUGUUCUACAUUUAACAUGCUGAUUACCGAGUUAUGUGAAAGGAAUGAGAUAAAAAUGGCCAUUGAUCUGGUAAAACAAAUGAAUCUGUUAGGAGUUAUUCCUAAUGUAGAUACAUACAACGCCCUUUUUAAUGGACGCAUUAGAACUUGUGCUUUUGAGGAAGCCCAUUGUGUUUUGCAAGCCUUGGUGGAAAGGGGUUAUGUUCCUACAUGUAAACAAUAUAUUACUUUAAUUAAUGGCAUGUGUAGGGUGGGAAACGUAAAAGGAGCCAUGGAGGUACAAGAUGAGAUGAAAACACUUGGUGUCAGCUCCCAAGAGGUUUCUAUGAGUGCUAUUAUAAGAGGGCUUGCACGUUCAAAGAAGAGUGAAAAUGCUAUUUGGGUUCUUGAUUUCAUGCUUGAGAAGCAAAUCAUUCCAACUGUAGCUACUUUCACUACUUUAAUGCACAUCUAUUGCCAUGAAGCUAAUGUUGCAAAGGCUUUAGAAUUGAGGACUGUUAUGGAAAAAUGCCAUGUGAAGCUUGAUGUUGCUGCAUACAAUGUUCUUAUAUCUGGCCUUUGUGCUGAUGGUGAUAUUCCAGCUGCCUUUAAACUUUAUGAAGAGAUGAAGCAAAGAGAUCUUUGGCCUAAUACCUCCAUAUACAUAGUUCUUAUUGAUUCUUUAUGUACUGGAAACUACCAUAUUCAAAGUGAAAAGCUUUUGAUGGAUUUACAGGCCAGGGAAUUGGUUUCUUUAGAUUUGACUGAAGGCACCGAAAGAUUGCAUGAAUUAUUGAUGAUUGCCAGGAAAGAAUUAAUUCACUUGAGGUCCAAAAGAAGAAGAAAAUUUGGUUGAUCACAGUGUGCUUUUUCCUUGUCCAGAAUGUGAGCUGGCAGAUGAGUCUGACACGGCUACUAGUUCUAUUGGACAGCUUGGUUAGUAUCUUGCAGGGUCAGAUGGGGGAUGAUUUAAUGACUGCAAAGUUGGGUUUGUUAGGGAAUAUACCCAUGAAGAAACCGCAGCACGCGCCUAUGACUUGGCAGCAUUGUAGGCCAGGACUCCAUUCUCAAAUUUCCAUUAUCAAAUUAUCAAGAGGAGCUCAAAGAGAUGGAGGACCAAUCAGAAGAAGAAUGCAUGGGAUCCUUAAUAAGAAACAGCAAUGGGUUGCAAGGUACAGAGGAUUUAUUGCAAAUUGCAAUUUUAUUUUGCAAAACCAAAAACCCAAGGAUAUUAUUCCACGCUUAUCUCUUGCCCUGCAAAAUCAGGAGGACAGAUACCAGAUCCAAAAAAAAAAACCCAAAACAAGAGAGCGCUUAACGUGACUAUAGACGAAGUGUGUAGAACACUGUUACAAGGUGUUACUGGAACUGAACUAGUUAAAAAUGGCAUCAAGCAUUCGAGCAAGGAAGCAGAAAGUAAAGUGAAGGAACAUAAACCCGAUGGAUGGUCACAUUUUUUUUUGACAAGCCUGAUGGAUGGUCACAUGUAGUUCUCAGUAGGUUCUCAUGUACAACACAUGAGCUCUAGUUUCUUUUGCAUUUCCUGAUUGAUACAUUUGCAGGUUCAUGUGAAGAGCUGCGAAACAGGACAAUGUUUCUUAAGCUUCUAGAGGCUGUGCUGAACUAGGGAACCACAUGAUUGUGGGGACAAACAGUGGUGGUGGUCGUGCAUUGAAGCUUGAUAGACUUGUAUUUGAAAAUUUGAUAAUUUGAGCUGCUCAAAAUGCAUUUUCUUAAUGAAAAGUCAGCAUGUUAUUUUGCAGACCAGGACAUAAAUUUUGCAAUGGAGGCUUCUGAAAAUGUCAGAGCACUUUUAUGGCUGCUUAUUUGAUCAUGGAGGAGGCUCAGAAUAGUGAUUAUAUUACUUGUAUUAGGAAGGUUUUUGAUUUCAGGAUGUAGAGGAGUUUAUACUUAUCUGGUUUUGAUUACAGCAAAAGCAAUAACUUGUACUGGCCUGGUGUGAUGUUGCUAGAGAUUAACUCAAUGCUGUAAUAUAAUUCUCUUAUUUCUCUGA